ACUGCGAGAUCCCUCUUGUCCUGCGCAGUUCCAUCGCUAAUCAUCGAACAGUAAAGGCGGACACAUUUUUGUUGAAGAACAGCUGGCGAAAGCAGGGACCAUGAUGUGCAGUUCAGGACUUUUCUUUGCUAUCUUCAUACUCGCGUUCCUUCUCCCUACGUCUACUGAGGAGGGCCCCACAUGUGGAACCGACCUUCCGAAGGGAUGUAACGUUACGUCAAACGGGACGGCCUUGGCUUGCGAAGGAGCAUCUUUUCAUGCCAUCUUUCCAACGAUCCGUGACCUAGGUGAAGAUCUGAUCAAGAUAGACAUCAAAAGCUGUGAACCAGCAGUGGCAGCAAAGUUAAAUCGAACUUGCUUUCGGAACAAUACGAACCUACUUUAUCUGUCGAUAAAAAAAUGCGCCAUAGAAGAGAUAGCGCCAGGCGCCUUUGAGGAACUUGGGAAGCUAACUGAUCUUCGGUUGCUUGAAACCAAAGUUAGGUCGAUAUCCAAAGAAACAUUUAAAGGGUUAACGAAGCUUUCGCGGAUUGAUUUGUACCGGAACCAUAUAACCACAAUUACGAAAGGAACUUUCGAAUAUCUUGGGAACUUGUUGGAGUUGGAUCUGAGUCAUAAUCGUUUGGCGUAUAUUGAGGACGGAUCAUUGGGGCAGCUACAGAGAUUGGAACAUCUAUAUCUUAAUACCCAAAUAUUGAAUUACGGCGGCUUCAAACCCUCUCCGUAUCUAAUGCGUGGGAUGACGAAACUGAAAAGAUUACAUUUUUCUAAAGUUCUUAUUAGUUUUAGGUCCAUGUCGCAGUAUGACAUCGCCAACUUUUUCAAAGACCAAAAAGACUCGCUCGAAGUCGUGUCUUUGGAAUCGGUCCAUAUGACCAACCAGUACUUGCCCGUCCUGAAAAGCCUCAAACGACUGCGCAUCCUUGAUCUUUCCCAGAAUGAAAUUGAUUACAUCGGCAACGGUUCCCUACCGAAACUUGCUCAGAACGGAAUACUAAACCUGGGAUUCAACAAAAUUACCUUCAUUGAUGCGAAAGCAUUUCCAGCUAACUGCGGUGAUCUGCUGUUUAAGUUGGAGGGAAAUUCAUUCACCUGCAAUUGUAAACUUGUUGAGUUCGCCAAGUGGUUACGGCAUUACAACAGGACUGGUUGUCACAGCCAGAAUCGCGUCUAUUGCAGUGACCCUGUUCCAAUGUAUGGGACGAGAGUGGUAGAUUACGCCCCUUACUGGUGGCAAUGCAGCAGGUACAUGCCUCUGAUAGCCUUGGUGGCUGUUGUUGGUUUAGCAGCUCUGCUUGCAUUGAUCACACUGGUCAUUUCUUGCCAUCGCGUGGAUUUCAAGCACUGGUUAUUGGAGAGACGAGCGGCAGCUAAAGCAGAGGUAGACGCGGAACAGCAGGCCGCAACUGCUGACCGUACGACGCUGGUCCCAGCCGGCCGGCUUUGCGGAAUAAGCUCGCUGCCUAAAGGCAUGACCAGCGCCUAUAUCCUCUACAACAUGAACGAGGAAGAUGUGAAGAGGUGGGUGGACCGUCACAUCGAGGAGAAGCUCUAUAACCAUCCCAUGAAGAUCACCCUGCAGUGGUCUGCCGGGCCAGACUACAUCCCGCUGUGGAAGCAGGUGAAGGAGUAUGGGUUCGGCGUCCGGCACUUCCUCGUCCUGGUAACCGAAGGGUUCCUUCAGCAUCACUGGCCGCUAAUGUCGGAGAAUGGCGGCGUUGAGAAUCUCUCCAAGUUCGUCCUCGUCCUUUGGGGGGUGAAGAAGAAAGAAUUGCCAAAGGAUUUGCUCCGACUGCGUUGCCCUUGCAUUGAGUGGCCGGUCUUGGCACCGAAGUGGACCACUCUGCAGCGGGAAAGAGAACAGUUCUGGAAGCGGGUGCGGCUAGCUCUCAAGGACCUGGCAGACUAGGUAGACAGAAAAUUCCUGUCACGCGAGAACUGCGUGAUUUAGCGUCGAUGGGUAUCUCAGAAAUGCUUGACAUUCAUAGUAACUGUAUCACCUUAGCUAUGACAUGUAGCGUACAACCAAGAAAGUAUUAAAGAAGAAUCUUCAAGUUGCUGUUCUCAAGAAGGACAAGCAUAUAGUUCUA